AUGUUUUAUGCCCACUUUGUCCUCAGUAAACGUGGGCCGCUGGCCAAAAUCUGGCUGGCGGCCCACUGGGACAAGAAGCUGACGAAGGCUCACGUGUUCGAGUGCAACCUGGAGAGCAGCGUGGAGAGCAUCAUCUCACCCAAGGUGAAAAUGGCUUUACGCACUUCUGGCCAUCUUCUGCUGGGGGUGGUGAGGAUCUACCACAGGAAGGCCAAGUACCUGUUGGCUGACUGUAACGAGGCCUUCAUCAAGAUCAAAAUGGCGUUUCGACCAGGUGUGGUGGACCUCCCAGAGGAGAACAGAGAAGCAGCCUACAAUGCUAUCACGCUGCCCGAAGAGUUUCAUGAUUUUGAUCAGCCGCUACCAGACCUGGAUGACAUCGACGUCGCUCAGCAGUUCAACUUGAACCAGAGCAGAGUGGAGGAAAUCACCAUGAGAGAGGAGGUGGGCAACCUCAACCUGCUGCAGGACAAUGACUUUGCUGACUUUGGUAUGGACGACCGGGAGAUGAUGCGAGACGAGAGCGCGUUCGAAGUGGACAUCAUGGGAGCAUCAGCUCCCAACCUGCUGCUGGAGGCCGAGGGUGCAGCUAACCAGAUGGCCGACAAGUCCAACCCUCUGGAGUACGACGACCAGUAUAAAGACGGCUUCGGAGAACACCCGUUGGAGAGCAAUGAGGAAGGCAUGCUGGUGGACAAGCUGCUCAGUAACGAGGACGGAGACGGCAUCUUUGACGACCCUCCUGCCAUCGCAGAGAGCGUGAUGAUGCCUCAGGACCGCGGAGACGACGACGACGACUUUGACGCUCUCUCAGCUGGAGCUCCAGAUAGUCCAGACUCGGGCCCAACAGAGACCCUACCAGCAAUGGCGGACCAGGCAGAACAGACCGCCCUGGUCCACAACGAGGAGGAGACCUUCGCCCUGGAGCCGAUUGACAUCACAGUGAAGGAGACCAAAGCGAAGCGUAAGAGGAAGCUGAUUGUGGACAGCGUGAAGGAGUUAGACAGUAAAACCAUCCGUGCACAGCUGUCCGAUUACUCCGACAUCGUCACCACGCUGGACCUGGCACCUCCCACCAAGAAGCUGAUGAUGUGGAAGGAGACCGGAGGAGUGGAGAAGCUUUUCUCCCUCCCUGCUCAGCCGCUCUGGAACGCCAGGCUGCUGAAGAUGUUUACAAGGUGUCUGACCCCGCUGGUACCAGACGAGCUGAGGAAGAGGAGGAAAGGUGGAGAGGCCGACAGUCUGGAUGAGUUCCUGAAGGAUCUGGAGAACCCCGAGGUGCCCAGAGAGGAAACCACUGGGCCUCAGCAGAGAGACAUCAUGGAUCAGACCAUCAUGGAGGAAGCCAGCGCUCUGCAGACGUCAGCUGUGGAAGGCAGCAGGACGUCGUUGGACGAGUCAGUCAUGCCGCCUCCGUCCCAACGAGGCCUCAAACGUAAAGCCCAAGACACAGAACCCGCCCUGCCUAUGGGAGCUUUGGACCAGCAGCAGCCUGACGUGUCCCAGCAGCUGGAGACAUCCAGUGUUGAUCUCCCCCCCGAGGAAACCAACAUCAGCCAGCUGAUCGAGCUGGACCUGCUCGACAAGGACAGAAAGAAGAACGACGACGACGACUCUGAUGAGGAGGAGGAGGAGGUCCAGGGUGGAGACCAGGACCAGGAGGAGAGGAGGUGGAACAAGAGAACCCAGCAGAUGCUCCAUGGCCUCCAGAGGGUGAUGGCCAAAACCGGCGCCCAGUCGGUCAGCCUGCUGGACCUGUGCAAAAACAACAACAAGAAGCAGGCGGCCGCAAAGUUCUACAGCUUCCUGGUCCUGAAGAAGCAGCAGGCGGUGGAGCUCGUCCAGGAGGAGCCGUACAGCGACAUCAUCGCGACGCCCGGACCUCGCUUCCACAUCAUCUAAAAAAAACUCUGCAGCCCAAACAGAGGAAAGAACUAUUCCACAUCUGUCUGUUACUUUAAAAAAAAAAAAAAGUUCUUUAUUUUUUAUGAAUAUGAGCUUGUUGACUUGUUGUUAAGUGUAUGAUGCAGAGUUUAAUCUGCAGUGUUUUGUCAUGCAGUGGUGGGUGGAACGAGGACUAAAUUCAUUAACCUGCAUGAUCAGAACCCAAUCAAUGGAACAUUUCCAUUUUUUAUUAGCGAUGCACUGAUUGUGAUGUUUAAAACAAAACUGUAUCCGAUAAUCAAUCCUGAUGUUUAAAAACUUUAGGUGUAAGACUCCAACCAGUACAACAUUUUCUUUCAUGUUUGACCACGAUAACAGAUCAGUUGUCCACGAGGCGACGUCCUCCGCCCAAUAAAAAUCCUCUUCUCUGAAUCAGUAGUUAAGAGUACGAGAUGAGAAGUAAACAUCAGAUACUGACAUUGGUUCAUGCCACAUUAAUCGCAGAUGUGCCGAUGUUUGUCCACAGGGCUGAUACCGAUGUUAAACCAGUGCAUCCCUUCUUUUUGAUAUUGUGUUUUUAAGGCUCUUAUGUUGACAUCAAGUGAGGGCCAAGUGUUCUAUUUGGAGAUGUUUACUCAUUGUUUCUAGCGGAUGUCGGUCGCUUCAAUAAGCACUACUUCUUUGAAGCAGCAGCUGUGUUGCUCUGGUCUAAGAAUCAAAUCAAAGAGAUAUUUAUUUAUAAUGACGGUAUGUUAAGACUGUGACUAUACCUCCAGCCACAAUGUUCCUUUAGAGACUCGUCCGUCCCACCACUGCAGGCAGAAAACGUUCUCGUGUACAAUGACGUUAGGCCAAAAGGAGCAUGCACCACGUCCAGUGUCUGCAGUAGUGACAUGCACACAUAAACUAGCAGUUAGUCAUUGUACAACUGUAGUGUAGCACUUUAAUCAUCAAAAAAAAAACUCAAGGUGUUGUUUUUGCAAAUGCUUUGCUUGCAUCAUGAGCUGUUUGUGCCUCACAAGAGUAAAAUCUGUAGCUGUGUCCUAAAUCUAAAUGACAAAGUGUAGAAAUGGAAACAAAAUGCUCAUGUACUAACACACUUCAUUAUCGAACGUGCUGCUGUUAGUUUUAUUGGAUCAUGUGGUCCACGGGGAAUUCUUGUAUACAAUUGCACCAUAAAAACAAUUAUAUGAUGAAGACUAUUUAUAAAAAAAGUAUGCACUAAUGAAUUGGGACACAGCUUAUAAAAAUCAUCUUCAGAUUUCAGUAUUUAGAUUCCGUCACCAUCAGUGGUCUGCUGUUCUUGCAUGAUCUGUCCUGAAGUAUUUAUUACAGUGAAAUUGCACUAGUUGUAUUGCCAUGUUGCCCCUCUGUUUUUAAAUGACUUUAACUCCAUGACACUGAAUCAGUUCAUUCAGCUUUUAAAAAAUGUAGAAGAACAUGCAGUCUUGUUUUGUGGAGUUAAAGACGUUCAGUUGUUGUGCUCUAACAGUGUGACGAUAAACCAACAUGAUGCUUGUUUAUUAAUAAUAUAUAUAUAACAAGAGAGUCAUUGUUUUUUUUUUAAUGUAAAGAAAAAAGUUUGAAGGACGUCUGAAUGGAAAUAUUUUGUACAAUUGUUGUUCUGACUCUCGUCUCAUGAUGAAGGAAUGUGGCCGGUUGAAUUUGGUAGAAAUGAAUCGAAUUACACAGAAAAAAAAAUCAAAGUCAUUGUGUCGCACUUCUUCUUCUUCUUCUUCUUCUGUGCUCUUCUGCAUCGACUGCUGAAUGAAAUGUUUAAAAAAAAAAA